ACGGUCGCAAUUACAUUUACGAAUUCGCGGCUGAAACGAUAAAGGCGAAAGUGAAACAACAAAAAUUAAACGCGCACCGCGCCCGAUGUUUCGCGUGCCUCACUUGUGCGGUUGCCAGCGGCAACAGACAAUAACAUUUCUCAAGCAAAAAUGUGACCGCGGCGGCUGUUACUUCUUCGCUCCAGUCCUUCGGUGUACUGCGUAAGCAUACGGCGCGCCUGUUUUCCCUCACGAUGUCCACUCGUCGCCGUCGUCGCCUCGUCCUCGCGUGCCCAAACGACUUCAAGUGGCCGUAAUCGAGUGCGGCGAGGACCGUGUGCUGUCGCUCUUACUUUUCUUUUCUCAGGCUCCCCCUUGAUGCAUACUUCGUGGGAGGUCGCUCGUUGGCGCGAGCCAUGAAGAAGUUCUUCCAGAAGAAAAUACUCAAAUCGUCCUCCGCCAAGAAGCAGAGCACUGCUAGUUUGAGUUCGCACGAUGGACACACGGACGAAAUUCACGGCUACUCAAUCGAUCUCGCGAGGACGGACUCGAGUUUCACGAAGCUCCAUAAGGCAUGCUGGCUGGGCGACGAAGACCGGGCCCGUUCUGCUGCCAAGAAAGUUGACGUCAGUUUUCAGGACAAUGAGAGCAGGAGCCCACUCCACCUGGCAGCUGCAAGGGGUCACGUGACCAUUGUGCAGCUUCUGCUGCGUGCUCAGGCCCGGGUCGAUGCCUUGGACUCUGAAGGGAAGACUCCACUGAUGAAGGCCGUGGAGGGCCAUCAUCUGGAAGCAGCUCGAUGUCUGCUGGAGCAGAGGGCCAAUCCUGAUGUUCCUGACCAAAACCUAGACACAGCACUUCACUUGGCCCUUUCGACGGGACAGGCUGAUAUGGCUGCAUUGCUUGUGCAGUUUGAUGCCGAUGUCUCGGCGAGGAACAAGGAAGGUAUGUCACCGCUGUACUUGGCAGCCGUCCAGCAGCACCUAGAUGUGGCCCGUCUCCUAUUAGAUCGCGGCGCCCAGGCAAAUGCUGGGGACAACAAAAAAAAGACUCCAUUGAUGGUGGCCUCGGAAGCUGGGUCAGUGGCCCUGGCUCAACUGCUUCUGAGUCGAGGGGCCAACGCAAAUGCAGUUGAUGACGAAGGUUGCACUGCACUCGACCUUGCUCGGAGAUCUGGUCAUGACGAAUGUGCCAAGCUGCUUGCCUCAAAGACCAGCAGCGCCCACGGUGGGGAAGUUGAGACUGCUGAUAUUGAGUCAUGGAAGUCAUCGAGUGACUCUGAAGCCAGCAGGAAAGGCAAGAGAUUACCAUACAACAUUGUCAUUCCUUCACCCUCGCACCUGUCCCCUCAGCAUUCUGUCACCGGCCAUUCACCAAGCCCAAACCAUCUUGGCAUCAAAGAGCACCACAGGCCCUAUAUCUCAUCAGUCGUGGUCAAUUCUAGCACGCAGCCGAAGCCGGUGACCAACGGUGAACUAGCGGGGACCGAAUUCAGUGUUUCGAAAGAUCACAGCCUAGAAACAGUAGGAGAAAAAAUAGAAAAUGUUGUUAGGAUACCUGAGAAGGAAGCAACACCAAAGAAGACGCCAGCCAAACCCCACUUUGAAGAGAACGACAUUCCCAGUUGGAUGGAAGAAGACGUUUCAUUCGACGACUCGGAGGGAGACGCAAAGGCCACAUCACUCUACGUGCCCCCAUCAGUUUCGCAAAAGCGGAACUCCAAGCCAGAGCCUGAAUUGCACAAGUCCGUUGAGGUCUUACUUGCGUACGACGGUCAGCAGCUGAGAAAGAAUGCAGGGAAGGAGUCGAGCGAGACACUUGUCAAGGAACUGCUGGAAGAGGAUCCCCAGCCUUUGAAGGCACUGUCAGCCGACAGGUUGUCAGUGCUGUCUGACAGCGACUGGGACUCGACAGAGGAAGUUGAAGACCUUCCUCCAAACAAGGUGAUGGAAGGCACAUUAGGACGUAUAGACACACUUCACGGAACUGAGGAAAUUUGGGAAAGGAAUCCAAGCGUCCCCGUAAACGCAGACGAGGCUGCAAAGGCAAGCUUUCCGAGUAACUCCCCUCCAACAGCAGCACCACGCAAGUCGUCUACUAGCCCUCAACGCAAGCCGUCAAUCGAGCAACACCAACCGCACACAGAUGAUGUUAGUACGCCACAGAGGCCUCCCCGGUUGAGCAAAAAUCGGCUCCGCAGUUCUUGGAGUUCCUCUUCAUCAUCGGCACCGCCAUCAAGGGCAAGUCCACUCGUCAUUGGUGGUUCCAGGCGACCCAGCCUCCUAAAGGACAGCAACGGUCGGCCAGACAGUGCUUCACCGAGGCCUCUCGAUGAUCCAGGUGGCACGAAUGGAGGCUCACAAAUUGUCCGCAAGAGAUCAAGCGACUCAAGUCGGUCGACAAAAAGCUCUGUUGCAGACAGACAGGAAGUGACGACAAGGCAUGUUGUUGAGCUGACGGCAGCUCCAACAUCUGACGUAGGAGACCUGGUCACCACGCUUCAGAGGGAGGUCAGCUCAGCACGGGCUGAGCUGGUCGAAGAGAUUCAGCAUCGAAAGAAAGCAGAUUUGUUUGCAAGAGAGCUGCAACUGCAGCUUGCUAAGAGAGAGCAAGCCCUUCUGAGAGAUUUUGAGGCCAAGGAUACCAUUGACAGCAAGCUAGCCGAUUUGGAACAGGAACUGAAAAGUGCCAAAGUUCUCAUCAAAGAUCUUCACCGUGAGAUUGAGUUCCUGCAGAAACAGCUGAGCUCAUACAAGGAAUCAGCAGACAUCUACAAAGACGCAAGCGAGAGGCAAGAGGCAUUGUUUAAGGAGAUUGUCAGCGAAAAGGAGAAGCAGUGGGCUGAAGAACGAGAGAAGCUUCUGCUAAAGAUCAAUGAAAAGGACGUUCAUUUAUUAACCACACAAACAACUACUGAGUUUGCUGCCAUACAAGAAAAGCUCGGGGCUCUGCACGAAGUCCUUGCAUCGCUAAAUCUGAAGGCCGACUCGGUGCACAGUAUCGAGCGUGCUGAGGAAGGAAUCUCCAGGUUACUCAGCCUGUCUACGUCGGCCUUGAAGGACUUGCAGAAACUCUCCGAGAGUGCAGAGCAGACCUCCCACUUUCUCCAUGGCAUCGACAACAGCCUUCAUGUGAAGGGAUACGACUUGGGUUCAGACAGGAAUGCAAACAGGUUGCUUGAAGGGGACAACAACCAGUUCACGACGACUACAUGGACGCAGAAUUUUGGCAGCAUCAAUGACACACUCGAACGCCUUGAAACCAACCAGAGGGUGUUGACGGAUACACUGGAGGAGAUACAAGCGGUGUUGGCAAGCAAAGUGAGCUCUGGCUCUGCGCCUCACGAAGCAUUUAAUUCGUCAUAUCUGCCAUCAAAUGGUCACAUUGCCGCAGUGGCAUCCGCCGCUCCGGACCUAUCCGACAUCAGAGAAGGCGUUGGGCGCGUGUUGGAACGGCUCGAUUUCUAUGCUGAGGAGAUCAAAAAGGCAUCGCAGUCGGAAGUGGCCAAUGCAACCCAAAAAGUCGUGGAGGCAUUCGCAGAGUACCACGCCGCCACAAAGCAGGAGAUGCUGAAUUUGCUGAACAAAGUCGGGCCGUCCCGGCAGAACGCUCUAGCCGCAUCCAGCAGCGGUCAUUCGGUGGCACAGUGCUGCCGGGAUGAUGAAGAUGCCUUUAACGGCUCGGCUUUGUCUGACGGGUUUGCCGAGAUCAGGCUGAACCAGAGCACGGCGCUUCGAGAGCUGCAGAGCCUGAAGGACGAACUUAUCCAGAUGGACACAAGCGGCAUGUUUGCGAGGUUGGAAUCGUGUCACGAAAGAGGCAUCGAACAGGUCUCGAAAAUUGUGCAGCCAGUCUCGACCGAGCUGAAAUCUAUGCAGGUAACCAUGCAACAGCAGCACGAAGACCUGCUCAACCGCAUGGGUGAACCCAGCAAUGUGCCAAGCUCGACCCAGUGGCAGGAGGUGCUGCAUCGGCUUGACGGUAUGCUGGAGCAGACAGCUUCCCUGCGAAGGAAAGAUCGUGCCGGUUGCCUGCGGCGCAUCUCGGCAGACCUCGGCGAGAACCAGCCAGAUGCUGACAUCACAUCUGUGCUUAACAACCUGGCCACAACACUGACCGACCUCAAGAACGAGGUGUGCAGGCGCGAGAGUCUCCGGAAUGAAGCCACAAGACCUACUUACACUGCCCAGGUUGAGGAGCAGUCUGCCAACCCCACAAGUCUCACCAAGGAAUGCUUAUUAGGAGAUGCAAAGCUGGCAAAGGAAAGAUACAGGAGCAAGAGGGCACUGCUUAAGUAUAAGUCGGAGCUUAAAGGCAUAAAGGAAAAGCUUAAGAGUCUGAACCAUGCUUUUGAUCGAGAUGGCUUCACGAGUCAUCACCAGAUUGACCGCCAUGUGUCAGAGCUUCAAAGAAAGAUUGACCUCUUAUCUCUGAAGAUUGAGUCUGACCGCCACUACCGAAUGGAUUUGGACAUUAGCGACCUCAAAUCUGAAAUGCAACAGAUCAGGCAGCAGAUGGCACGAGAAGAGCUGCUCAAGUCAACCUUGGGCUUUAUGGCACAACCUGAGAGGCUCGAGCCCGAAGAAACACGUCCGAAACGUUUUGAACACAAUGGGCAACAGGACUUUCUAUUUGAAAAGUACAGGAGUGACCUGUCGGCAGAGAUCAGCAAUCUGCAAAGAAACCUCAGCUCUGAGCCAGAUCUCCAUUAUAGCUGGUUGUCAUCCAAAAAGGAUGCGCCAGAGGAAGUUAAGAAGGCGGAUGUGUCAGCCAACAAGAGCUUUCCCAGGCGGAAGCCGCCAAGCCAAAGCCAGUCCACACCAUACCGAGUGCCUCUGUUCCCAGAGCACCUGCCCAGCUGGCCCAUGAGUCCAGUGAAGAGGGCAGCCCCACCUGUACCUACGCAGAGUGCAGCCACACGGCAGCGUGUUCAAGCCAUGUUGGAUGAAUCUUUUGCAAGGCACAUGACUGCAAGAAACACCUUUGUGACAGCUCCGAGCAUUGAGGCUGAUGGCAUGGAUGCACAACUGAAGAAGUCGCUGGCUGAGCUGACCAACUCUCUGGAGAAAACCUAUCUGGUGUGACACUGUACAUGGUGCUGUUUGCUAGUCUCGGGGACUUUUUUGAGCACACACUGGGCAUUUUUUGUGUACUGUAACAGCCAUAGCCGUAGCCAUAGCAUUCGCAGAGGCCAUAUCUUAAGUGUCACCGCUCAAAGCCACACAGGCACAUGGACACAGUCACCGCUGCACAGAGUUUGUUACAGUGUCAAAUAAUCUCAUUUCGCUGAUCUCCCCCUCUGCAUUUGUUAAUUAUGGUAGCUUGAUGCCGCCCAUUUUUUUGUUUGUUUGAGCUUAACGUUUAAACACAGCCUAAUUUUUCAUUGCAACAAAAGCAGCAGGUUAUACACGAAGAAGGACUAUAUAAUGUGAUGUAGGGUAUGCAGUGCGGUCUACUUGUGACAUCUGUGGGUUAUGAUGUCUAUUGUCUACUACAUUCAUUUACUGAAGGUACCCAGUUAUACAAAGGUGGUUUAAUGAUCAGCAUUUCUGAACCCCUCAUCAUCAUAAGUGGACUGCAUUGUAGCAUACUUUGAAGACAGAUCUGUGCUCUUUUCAGGUGCUUAGCUGGAAUGAGCCAUUUACUCGUAAUGUAGGACCCUUAAAGGAGCAGAGUCAGCCUUCAUUUUCAUUUUUCUUUCUUUCUUGCCUUUUUCUUUUUUUGGUACAAUCCUUUUCUUCUAUGUGUUUCUUGCUUUGGCUACAGUACAACUUAUCUCAGGAGUACAACUUCUCUCCAAAAUGUAAAGGUCCUGGAAGCUGCUGCAUAAAUUAUGCAGUGUUGGAGAUUUGUCAUGUACUACUACAGCUACAAAUGUACAUUAGACAUAUGCAUGACAAGCUUGGCAACCUGUUAACCAACCAUCUGUUAUAGGGAGUACAACACAAUAACUGACACAAGGAAGAAAUAGAUGGCACAAGCAUUUUCUAUCUUUUGAAGCUUUGUUGUCAGCAUAGUGGUCAGAUGAAAUUUGAAGUUCCUUGGAAGUUGACUUACCUUACCAGAAGUUCAACCUGAGCUCACUGAAUCUUAUCAGGCAACUUUAUCAACAGAGUUGGUUUUAAAGUGAGUUGACUGUAAGGUCGUUUAGAAGUUUGCUCACAUCUUAUCAGCAGUUUUAAGUUGAGUUUGGUGAAGCUUAUUGGAGAAUUUGUCCAGAGGAGUUUGUCUCAGUGAGUCGACCGUAACCCUGUGGCUGGACUGGGUCCGACUAUGGACUUAAAAAAGACAACAUUCUACGGAGCUUCGUAUGUGAAGCUUUCAUAAUUAUCUAUGCUUGCGGUAUCUUGCUUUCCCUUGUCCGCUUUUCUGAGUAGGCCUCGAACCAUUAUUAAAUAUAUUAUCUCCUCUCUCUCUCUGUGUUAACUGUAAAUACUUAGUAAGCACCCGCAUUCUGCAUAAAAUGCAAAUAUAGAGAAAGCAUUCAUAAGGGCAUGCUUGCAUUUUAUUACUUGACUGCUUUACAGUUAUAAUGACUGCCAGUUUCAUGCUCAUCAUAGCAUCCUUGAUGCCAUGUUGCUAUUGAUUGUUCUAUGUACGACAGAUUAGCAACCAGAAACAUCUCAGAAAAGAUGUGUGAAAUUCUUGAUCAGUUUCUAUAUUGAAAUAUUCUGUAUCAUGAUUCGUGAUCACUGAUUACAUGUGCUCAGUUAUGAAAGCUCAGCGAAAAUUUUAGUCUCUGCUCCUUUAGGGUUCAUAGAACUUUCAUGUUGCAUCCAGAGCUUUUUCUUUUGGUUUUCACAUAUUUACAUUAUUACAUUCUGCAUGAUUACAUCACUACAGUACUAUUUUGUAUUGCACUUUUCUUUUUUUCCUCAUUUGCAGCAUUGCUGCAUGCAUGACUGCAGCCUUUUCUUCAUUGCAGAAGAGCUUGCUAGCGCAGUUCGAUUUUUCAUUUUCUCAAGCCUUUAAAUGUUCACUCGAUUUCAGUGUGGCUGAAAGCGUGUGACUUGAAUGGUUGUCUACUUGUGUGCAGAAAAGAAACCUACAAGAGAACAUUUAAGAACAAAGGGCAGCUUUGAACUGUGAGCCGAGUAAAAUAUAAGGUAUGACAAGAAGUUUGCAAAGCCUAGAUACGGUAGUUGACAAAAUGAAUAAGAUAUUUUGUCACAUGCAUAUCAUAAGCAUGUCAUAUACCGGAGAGGGAAUAACAAGCACGAUACAAAUUCUCACUUGUGUCCCUGAGGGGCAGAAAAGAUGUGUUCUUUUAAAACUUUUCAUUUUGUUACAUGGAAUCGUUCGCACUACUUUACUGCAAGUGAGCGUCGUGAAACCACUACUUCGAGGAUGUUUGAAUAUGUGGACAUUGUCGUUAUGCAUUGCCGGAGAUCUGUAACACGCUUUUGUGCGUGCACUGCCUUGUAAUGUGCCUUGCAACUCAUUCUCCUUCAAUCCUAUAAAAAUGCAAAAUGUCUACAAAGGAACAUUUGCACCCCGAAUACCGAGUGUAUGGUCGUGGUAUGCCUUGCUACUAGCUAAUGGGCUUCAUUCUAAACAUGUGAUCUUGAUCUAGCUUUACAUAAGCAUAUGUUUCAAAUUUUCAGCGCUUGCUUCAUGCCUUGGUAUAAUUGAAUUGUCAGUUAUGUGUUAAUGCUGUUAAUAAUUGGAUCAACUUGUGCAUUUGUAACAUGCAGCUGAUUGUCGAGACUACCUCAACAAAAGAUGAUGUGCAUAGUUUAGGAAAUAAGGUAGACUACUUGGCAAAGUCGGUGCUAAGUCAAACAGGCCACAUAGCAUGGGCAAACCGUGCCUUAAAAGAAGUUUCAUGGUCAUCGUCUGGCAUGUUUCAAAGAUUAAGUACUACCACAUGACAUCAAGAGUGUCUUUUUUUUUUUUUUCUGCCUAUAAUAUGUGAAGGGACAGCUUUUCUGUAAGUUCACAUAAUUGUGUAGGUAAGUACUUUCCAAAAGGUGUAAGUUCUGUGCACAAAUUGUGAAAUGUUUGGUGCUGUUGACAGGCUUUUCAUAUGUGUUGUCGACACAUUGCGUUAAUUUGUUUUGUAAACGUUAUGUGCUCACAUUUAAUACAACAGAUGUGAUGAUCAAGCAGGGAAUGAUCUCUAAGCCAACUGCCUUUUGUCAAAAAAAUAAAUUUUAGGUAUACCAGAAGCAGCUAAUGAAAUAGCAUUUGAAGAUUGUUCACUUCAAAAACUUAGAUGUGCAGAAAUGCGGUGUUUACAGCGAUUUUUAUAUGUAACAUGUACAUUAUCGGUUUGUGGGAAUGCUUGUGGCUGCUUGAAUUGGAAGCUACAAAGUACAUCGAGCUGUUAUUUUGCUCUUGCUCUUGUUGUUUACAUGACUCAUGUUCUUGUUGAAAUGUCUUUUUUUUUUCUUUUUUUGAGCACUUGAAGCAUGCUUUUUUGACCAUUACUUACGCACAAAAAGCACGUUAUUUGUUUUAUAUGUAUGUCGUUAUACCAGUCACCCCACAGGAUGCACGUUUCAUAGCUGCAUGUGUUUGCACAUUGUAAUUGGUUUGUGUGCGUUUGUUUUGAAGUUUUGUGUAGCAUAAUAGCAGAGUAGGCACCUUUCUUUAGGAUCACCUAUUGUCUCAGUAGCUAUGACAUCUUUGUACUAUUUAUAACUGACAGUUGGCUGUUUUAUUGACAGCAAAGGUUAAUUGCCUUUCACCUAGCUUUUGACAAUACACUUGACAUCCUAGCUAAGCAAAUCUGAUUCAUCAAAUGGGUGAAAGAACAGUUAUAGGCAACCUAUAAAAUGUUUGUUGGCAAGAUGAAAGUUGUUGCAUUGUCAUAUCAAGAAUAAAAUAAGUCGAUGUCCGAUUUUUCAGACUCCCUAGGGUCCUCGAAAAAGUCCAAAAAGUCGGGCUGUCCGAAAAAAACAAUGAAUGCAUGCCUUUUACUGCCCCCAAGAGUGCAAAUCACCACAGGCACGUCAAAAGUAGCUCUGAAGGCCUUCCAGUACACUUAUUAGGAGUAUCAGUGCUUGUACUGUGACAGGAGAUAGCGGGUGCAUGCUUGUAUUAUUAUAUACAUAGCGGGUCUCGUGACAGUGGCCCUUUUCCAUUCUUGGUAUCCUUCACUGCAAUACACAGUGCUUGCUUGACUGCGUAACAUUCCCAUAUUGCGGCAAAGCUGACGUUUGGGAACUGACAUUAUGCAACACUUAACACUUGCUGUGCUUUCUGUAUUUCGAGGCCAUUGGCAAGGACGACAAAUGCGGAGUCAAUUGCUCUAAAGCGCGGAGUCGGCACCAUCUUUUCAAUGAAAAGCACAGCACCGAAUAUCUGGAAGUUUGGCAGUGAACUUCGGAGCAGCUAGGCGUAGCUUUCUCACGGUGGCUGCAGCUGCCAGCGGGUCAGCUUGUGAGUCCGCUGGCUCGAAGCUGUGGGGUAAUCAGCCAGUGGUGGUGACUUCGAUAACUGCUGUUUUGGACCUACAUUCAUGGCGAAAAAGUUAAGAUAAUCGGACUGCGAAAAGCUUCAGCAUCCAAAAUUUCAGACGUCCUUAUAAUUGGCUCUAUGGGGUAAGUGGUGGUGUUGCAAAGGCGUCCGAAUUACCGGGCAUGUCCGAAAAUUUGGGCUUCUGAAAAAUCGGUUGUUGACUUUAUUAGCAUUACUUCUUUGGCGCCUGAUGCCUGCUUUUAAAGACAGUUCACUUGGAAUACACAUUUUAUUGCAGCGCUCUCGUAUUUUCGGUGCCGUGUAAACUUUGCACUUGGCACUGUAAAAAAUUUGUUCACAUUUUUGUGGCAUUGAGGACUUUUGCAACAUUCUUUUGCAGCCACUGAAAAUCAUGUGCUUUAAGGAAGUGCUCAUAAAGUUUAGAACUUUGCAGACUUUUUAAGUGCGAGCAUUUCAGAGCACAUAUCUAGUCCUUACAAACUACCAUAUUUACUCUUUUAGCAAGCGAGAGCUUUUUAAGAUAAUCAGCGAAGUUGUAAUUUAGCUUUCAGUGUGUGCAAAGAAUGUGAUUCUUUUUUAUGUAUACUGAACAAUCCUUAGCUCAUGCUAUGCCUGUUGAAAUGAGAUGCUCUUUUUGGGCUAGAGUUACCCGCGUUAAUUCAAACUCCAAGGGACCAUGGGUCUUUUUUGGUUAUUAGAGGUUUGAACUGGCAAAAGUUCAGCUAAACAUGGCUAAAAACACAAUUAUGGCUCCUCUCUGAAAUGUAUAUGCACACCCAGGCACGGGUAUAUGGAAAGUUAGAAGUAGCCGAAAUGCUUUUCUGGAUUGUUUGAAUAAGGCAUAUUCUAAAUGCAGUUGAGCAUGUCAGGCCUGUGAAAAAUGUUUAUAUAUACUUAAAACGAAUCCAGUUUGGAUUAUCUGAGUUUGAAUUAUCGUAUGUCCAUUGCUACUCCUGAAAAAAGCAUUUGUCACUUUGCAUCACUGUUACACAUUAUCAAGCGCUUAUGUCGCAUGUUUGUUGAUAAAUCUGGAUGUUCAUUUACGUCACUCGCUUUUGGUGCCAUGGCCAGCUGCCUCUGCUCACCCAGUUCGUUUCUUUAUAUUUAUGUAUUAAGAAACCUGUUGAGAUUGUUUGCAUUGUUAGUACUGCUUGUUAUUGAGAAUAUCCAUAUUAUUAACUGGAAUGCUGCGCAAUCAUUUGAUGUUGUUGUGUGCUGCGUCAAACGCUGACGGUACAAAACUUGAAAUGUCUAUUGAACAAUCAGCAAAACAGUGACAGUGCUAGUUUAAUUAGUUACAUGAAAAAGAGGUUAAUGAACUGAACUGUUGUGCCAGUCAAUGUUUGAAUAGGGAAUAUGAGCAUGUGAUUCAGGACUUUCUCUUGUAAGGUGUACAUAAUUUAUUUUUUAUUGCUAUGUCUGUAUACAACUGCAAAUAAACAGCCCAAGUCAGAUAGGUGCAACAGUCCCUAAAGUAAGGCACAGAAAUACUUUGAGAGCAUAUUAUAAAUAAUCUUUUGCACACGCUCCAUAGCUUUAUAUUUGGCGCUGGUUGAUAGUGUUUACUGGCAUCUGCCAUAGACAAAGUAGCAACUGAUUUGCAUAGUGCUACAUUUUUGUUUUGUGUUAUUCUUGAUGCACGCUCUGCAAAAGGAUUUCACCUCUUGUUUUAAUUAACUAAGGAAAUCCAAACAGCUCUUGUGUUUACUGUGUUUGCACAUGUUUUUUAAAUGGAUACUGAAUAAAAAUUUUGUCGCCGA